AUGAGCCUCACGUCCAUCGCGGAACGAAUAGCGGAAAUUCUCCUCGUCGCCCUCUUUGUUAUCAGCUUGUGGUUCUUCUGGGCAGUGCACUUAAUCUUCAACGGCCUCUGGUAUGCGCUUCAUCCGACGGAGAUUGUAAAGAAAAUCCUUAAGAAAGGUGGCCGUCCACCAGUCGCUCUGUCACGCUCUCGCCGCUCUCUGACCCUUCCUCUCCGGCCACAGGAGGAGGAUGUGCAGCGACGAUCUCACGACCAGCUCCAGUCCCUAUUUUUCACGAAGCUGGCCCCCGAAAUUCGGUACAUAAUAUAUCGUGAGGUUCUUGUGCCUUCAAACGCGCUUCAUGUCCGGCGAACCCAUCGGAGACUCUGCAGCAUGCCGUGCAGGAGUCUAAACCCACGGGCGGACAUGCAAAAUGAUAUCCACAGCUCCUGUCAGCCUCCUUGGGCCGACGACGGCACGGUGGCAAGGCGAUUGCCCGGCGAAACGCCCCACCAGGACCAGAUACUGCCGCUGCUUUGCAGCUGUCGCAGAGUAUACACAGAGGCGAUUGGUCUCCUCUACGAAGCGAAUAGUUUCCACUUCGACAGUCCGCUUACGGUUGAGGCAUUACCACUGUGUAUGGUUCCUCGUCGGCUGGCAUCAAUACGAUAUAUCCGGCUUGAUAUCCACGCUUUUGAAAACCGGGCCAUCGUCGCCAAUGUUUGCUCCUCUUGGGAACAGGCAUGCGCUGUCCUUGCGGGUGUUGAGGCGCUGGAGGGACUCGUCGUCACGCUACGCUCACUCGACAACGGAACACAGUACAAGCCGCUUCCUCUAUCACCCCUGCUGAGGCCUUUGACAAAGAUUAGGGCCGCGAGGUUUGUAGUGGAGGUACCCCCGCAUGAUGAUCCAGAGGGAAUUGUCGGCGGGCUGGGGAUUGUACCGUUCACACUAGAAACGAAGGACUCUCUGCACAGGGUGAUUCAUAAAUGCUCGUGGUGGGGAGCAGAGAGUACCAGGUGGUUGCCUCCAAUGUGA